CAUACACCUCUAGAAUCUUACAAGAGCCAGACAUACACCUCUAGAAUCUUACAAGAGCCAGACAUACACCUCUAGAAUCUUACAAGAGCCAGACAUACACCUCUAGAAUCUUACAAGAGCCAGACAUACACCUCUAGAAUCUUACAAGAGCCAGACAUACACCUCUCGACCCCCCACAAGAGCCAGACAGUCACCUCUCGACCCGCACAAGAGCCAGACAUGGCAAGCAGCAACAAGAGGAUACUCUACGUCGGUGGUCUGGCAGAUGAGGUGACAGAUGACGUCCUGAGGUCUGCCUUCAUUCCAUUUGGAGAUGUUGUAGAUAUACAGAUUCCUCUUGACUACGAAACAGAGAAACACAGAGGCUUUGCAUUUAUUGAGUUUGAAUUGCCCGAAGAUGCCCUUGCUGCAAUUGAUAAUAUGAAUGAGAGUGAGCUGUUUGGUCGUACAAUACGUGUAAAUCUAGCCAAACCACAGAAAGCUAAGGAAGGUUCAUCACGUGCUGUAUGGGCCGAUGAUGAGUGGCUGAAUAAGUAUGCAGGUGCAACAUUAGAUGGUGAAGGUGGAGAGGGAGAAAAUGGAGCUCCAGAUAGUACUAAAACACCUACUGAAGGUAUCAAGCGGCCAGCAGAAGAAACACAGGAAGAAGAACCAAAGACGAAGAAAAAGACAAACCCGCAGGUGUACUUUGAUAUUAAAAUUGGCAAGAGUCUAAUUGGAAGAAUAGUCAUGCAGUUGAGAGCCGAUGUCGUUCCUAAGACUGUUGAGAAUUUCCGAUGUCUGUGUACUCACGAAAAGGGUUAUGGCUACCAAGGAUCCACUUUCCACCGCAUUAUUCCUGGCUUCAUGUGCCAGGGAGGAGACUUUACCAACCACAAUGGAACAGGAGGACGUGCUAUAUAUGGUGCAAAAUUUGAAGAUGAAAACUUCAAGUUGAGGCACACAGGUCCAGGAAUACUUUCUAUGGCAAACUCAGGUCCCAACAGUAAUGGGUCUCAGUUUUUCCUGACCACGGAGCGGACGGAAUGGCUGGACAACAAGCAUGUUGUCUUUGGACAGGUUGUCACUGGCUUGGACGUAAUAAGAAAAAUGGAGAAAUGUGGAACCAAGUCUGGAAAGCCAACAGAAAAGGUCAUCAUUUCCAACUGCGGUGAACUUGUUUAGGAUUAAUUCGCAGUAAAGAUCGUUUAUUCAAUUUAUGUACAAAAAUACAUAAAAAUUUUGUAGCAUUAUUAUCCUCAUAUGAAGGGUACUGAAUAAAAUGAUAGUAUGAAA